CGCCGCUCGCCGACAUCGCGCGACGCGUUACGAUUCCGCUACGAAAGACCGCCCGCCUCCGAUGCGUUCCGUACCUCUCGCGGCUAGCACGUGUCUCGCCCAUCGUGCUGUCUAAAGCGCUGCGUUUGAUCUUAUGCAGGUGAGCAGUAAGUGAGCAUGAGUGAGAGCGGAGCGCUCGAGCCUGUGACGACUUGAAGUGUCAGUGCCGUGAACUUACAGUGACAACUAUGUUUCACUUACGCAACGUUCAAAGAGACUGUUGUCGCGCUCUCUCCCGGAAUAACAAGUUUCAAUUACGCCAACUUCAGUGCUAUCUAGUGUUUAAUCCUGCUUAAGUGAGGACACGUACUGUCAAAAAUGGCUACUUCGUUUAAGGAAUGUUUUCUACUUUUCUUUAUAAUAAUGUGGCAAGUAACAAAUUUAAUAUCGGCUUGUCCUAAAAUAUGUGAAUGUAAAAAUAAUUCAACGUCAUGUCAAAUGUGUUCCUACAACGUGUCUCUUAAAGAGAGUGUAAAUAAAUAUCACGUGGAAGUUUGCUGUCACAACGAUUCGACACUGUUUAAUUGGAUACAAAACAAAAGUAAUAAAACUUUUACCGAAGUUGUAAUACAAUAUAAAAGUACGUGCAAUACCAGCACGGUCGACUUCGACUUCCCGCAUCUAGAUACCUUUUCUAUUACGAUGACAAAUAAUAGUAUUAGCAGGCUACGAAUGAAUAUUAAAUUUAACAACGUCCAAGAAAUUGAUUUAUCGUCUAAUAAAUUGCAAUCAAUAAACAAAGGAUUAUUUAAUAACUUUAUAAACAUGCGAACACUAAUAUUAAGAAGAAAUCAAAUUAAUAAAAUUAAUGAAAAUAGUUUUUUUGGACUUUCAAAAUUAGAAACCCUGGAUAUGUCAGAAAACAAUUUAACAAUUUUAACGAAUGUGUUCACGCCACUGAAGAACCUCCAACACUUAAAUUUAAGUAGAAAUAACAUACAGUACAUCCACGACAAGUACUUCAAUAACUGGUUGCUUCAACAUUUGGAUAUAUCGCAUAACAACUUGAGAAAGGUGACACCGGGAGCUUUACAGCAAUUACCGAAUCUCGCACGGUUGCUCCUAACAGAUAACCCGCAUUUAGGAAUUACACAGUUGGAUACACAAUUGUUAGUUGGUACCGGCCGCAGACUACAACAAAUCGAUGCAUCGAGAACCGGCCUUUGCCAAGUUCCUGAAGCGUUCACCCAUUCCGUACGCUUUUUGACUCUUGUUGGAAAUAAAAUAACAUCGAUUAGAUGCGGGGAUUUAGACAGUUAUCCUUUAUUGCAAUCGCUUGAUUUUUGUGAUAAUAAGAUUAUAUCGAUAGAAGAUGAUUCAUUGGGAAGACUAGAGAUGUUACUGUUUUUAAACUUGAAUAAAAAUCUUCUCUCAAAUGUGCCAAGAUCGUUACCAGAUGGGCUAAAAUACCUGUCGCUCAAAGAAAAUUUGAUAAAAAAUCUUACUAAACCAGAUUUUAAGGAUUUACCUAAUUUACGUAUUUUGCUAUUAAAAUGUAAUCAAAUACAAUACAUUCAAGAUGGGAUAUUUGAAGAUUUAUUAUCAUUAGAGAUGUUAGACCUAUCCAAUAAUCCUAUAAAGUUGUUGUCGUCGAGUGCCUUUGACGGACCUUUGUCGCUGAGAGACCUGAGACUCUGUAAUUUAAAUAUAUCAGUACCUGAACAAGAUGGUUCGUUUCCUCUAUCCUCGCCUGAAAGCGUGCAAAUGCUCCACCUUCAGUCUAGUCCCGGCUUAGCGAGACAAUUGUUAUCUGACUCAGCGGCUUUAGCAGCUUUUUCGCAUCUACAGUAUUUGGAUUUGAGAACGAAUAAUCUUACACAAAUUCGCAAUGAUUUAUUGUUUUAUUUGGGGCAACUAAAAACCCUAAGGUUACAUGGAAAUAUUAUAAAUUGUACGAAUGAACUAUGGCUGUCCGAUUGGAUGAACUCAAAUAAGAGUGUUUCUUACGGCGAAACAUGUUAUUUCUCGACGUUAGAAGCAAAACCUGAAAUAUCUAAAUACAAUUGCACAUUCCCAGAAACAUUUACCAUAAGUGAGAGCUUACCUCCGGUUAAUUUGUACAGUACUGAAAUGAUAAACAAGCUGUUGCGAUAUUAUGGCUAUUUGAAUAACAAAAGUGAGAGGGUCAAACAUAACAGCUCAAGUACUAAGCACAACAAUGACGUUAAUACUGCUAGCAAUAAAAAUAAAACGGACUACAGAAAAAUCGGCAGAGAAUUGUUAACUGAAGGAGAUGAGUUAAAGAAAUCGAGAAAUGAAAAUAAAAUUAUAUUGAAUGAUUAUUUUAAUGAAUCGACUUAUGUCAAGAUAAGGGAAUCAACAAAAAUCUUCGAUCAAAACAAAGUUCAAAAUGAUCAACUUAAUAUCGAUCACAGGUUUCUUGAUAUCGAACCUUAUGUCCCAUUAUCAACAAGAACACCGAAAAACGAUAACCGGGCGGCGGAGAUACUUAGUGGUAAGAAUUCAAGGAAACGACUGAAUACCCCACUUUCGACUAAAGAAUCUAUGCUUUGGGCAACGAAACGCAACAUUUAUCAAGAGUCAGUCGUUACUGAGACCAAUACAGUGAAACCCAACGUUAGGUUAGAAUAUUCAUCGUAUAAAGAUACACAUACCAGUUACGCUCAAUACAUUGGCACGAUUGCCGUGAUAUGCUUAAUACUGAUGUCAUUAAUACUCUGGCUCAGUUUCCGACUCAGAUAUAAAAGAAGACAACUCAGAGCUUGGAAUGUAGACACGGAGGACCAAAUAGAAGUGUCGAAUAUAUCUGGAGGAGUGUUUUGGUGACACUUACGUGCAGCUGACCCAACGCCCUUCGAGUGCGAUUCUCUACUCACGUAGCAAUCAUUUUAAGGCGGUCGGCUGCAGAGCGUGGAAGUGUUUGUGAUAUAUCUGAACGUACAUAUUUUUUUAUGAAAUAAGUACAAAUAGAGAAAAAUUCUAAGCAGCUUAGAUUAGUUUUUAUCAUUGUACAUAAUGUAAACACGUUUAAUUAAAUCAACGUAGAUUGUAAUGAAUAAUCGUUACUCGUAAGCCGAGGUUCUGUAAAAUACAUUUAUAAAGCUCUCAUUUCUGUCAAGAACUCAUUUUGUUUCAACUGUAAAUAUAUAAUGAUGAAGAAUUAUAUGUACUUUAUGUAUAAUGAUGGCUGUUCGUAGCACGUCCGCUAUUCAUGAAACAUUUCAGUGUGCUCGUAAUUAAAUUGUUAUCGCAAGAUUUGCUCUUUGCUCCAGGGCGAUGGGAACUGGGGUCAUAUAUCAUGACUGUUUGUGUAAAAUUAAGUUCCGAUUUAAAACAACCAAAGUCGUAUCUUGCUCAUUAAAAUUUCAUUUAACUUUUUUCGUUAAUAACCAUGGAGAGGGAAGAGAAGUAAAUUGACCGAUUAUAAGUAAUAAUAAAACAUUAGGGAUUACUCGGUUCUCUUCUGGAAAGUAGAUUAUUUUUGAACAAUUUUAAAAUAUUUUUGUACUAAAUUUUCUAAGCAUAGAUGUUCCUUGAUCCUAUCUCUCUAUAUGCAAAGGGGCUAUGAAUCCAAAAAUCUUGAUAUUAUAUUUUGUAGUAAGAUGUCGAUAUUAAUUUUAUGACAAAUAUGUCAGCGAGUCUGUAAGCCUGUCGCUUAGCGUGACGUGCUACGGCGCGGCUGCGUUUAGAAUAAAAGUUGCGCCAACAAUUUGCAAAGAUCAUGUCUUCCCUAUAAAUUCUUCUAGAGUAACUAUUUACAUAAAGUUUGCAUUUGUAUUAAUAACUCAAUACGUGCCAAAACAUUUGUUUAUCGUUCAUUUCGUUACACUUCAAAUAUAAUUCGAUUCUUACUUUGGUAAGUGUGUACAUUUAAGAGAAUCAUGCAUUAUAUAUUAUUCACAGUCAUGUUCAUUCGGCUGUUAUAUGUUAUCAGAAUAAUACUUUUACACAAAUGUUAGUUUGGAAUUAGUUCGGUACGGAGGCACGUGAAUGGCGUAUUUAUUAUUCAUAGUCAUCGUAUUACUCACGACGUUUUGGCUUCAUCGAUAAUACUGGACACGUUUAAUAUUUCAAUUAUCAUAUAAUAUCUCAUGCAUUACUGUGAAACUAAGGUUGUAAAUCGAUAUAUAAAAUUUUCGAAGACAAUGGUGUGUAGAUAUAUGUU